GUGCUAAGAAUGCUUUUGAGAAAGAUUUCUUUAAGCUCAUGAAUAAUUCAGUAUAUGGCAAAACUAUAGAAAAUGUUCGCAAAUACCAAGACGUCAAGCUUAUGGCUAUGAAUAAUGAGCAAGAUGAAAAGAAAUUUAUUAACCAAAUCCGUAAACCCUCUUUUAAAUAUGCUAGACAGCUUGGAAAUACACUUGUUGGGGCACAUAUGGGAAAAGCUAGUGUAACUCUCAACAAGCCUAUUAUUGUCAGAGCAUCAGUUCUUGGCCUUAGCAAACUUUUAAUGUAUCGCUUCUGGUAUGGAUAUAUAAAAGAAAGAUAUGGUGAUAAAGCCCAGCUUGGAUAUAUGAAUACAGACUCAUUCAUAUUCCAAACUAUUGGGCUUUUUAAAGAUGAGACUCCAGGCAAUAUGAUUACAGAAUCUUAUCAUAUUCGGGCUAAAUCAUAUCACUAUGUCUUAGCAGAUAAGUCUACAAAGUCUAAGCAUAAGGGGGUUAGUAAAAAAAGUAUAAAUGAAAUGGCCAUGAAUUCAUACAUGCCAGCUUUAGAAGGGUCCUUGCUAGAUGAUCCGAUAGAUAGAUCAUUAUUAUCAGAGCAAGAAGCUAUGCGAACUGAGGCAGAUCCUAUAAUCCUAGUAUAUCGGGACUGUCUCUUUAAUAAGGAAGUAUUCUAUGCCAAAAAUGUGGGUAUUCGUUCAAAAGACCAUAUAUUAUCUCUGAUUGAAUCAGAAAAGAAGGCUCUUUGCCCUAUAGAUACUAAGCCAUAUAAAAAUUUUGUAUCAAAUGGAAUAUCUUCAGAGUUAGCUGAACAAAGAGCUUUAAGUGUUAAGCUCUCAAAAAAGUAUCAAAAUGAAUAUGUAUCUCAUAUAUCAUAA